CCCAUCUGCUCUGUUUAAUGCAAAUAUUCUGGGACCGUGACUACCUACCUCGAGCAGUGCUGCAGUUCCACUGUUCGGAUCAGCUGCUCCAAAUGUCCAUGCGUCGCGAUGAUUUCCCAGGAGGACAAAGCUACAAUGUUGCAGCAGCUAAAUCCGUAUCAUUCACAUUUGUGAUUUGUGAACAAGAGAGAGAGAGUGUUUUGGACUUUGCUGAUUUGGUAACUUUUUCGUUGCAGAGCUUGGGAGGGCCUUGUGCAUGGAAAGGUGCAAUCUUUUAUGUUUGGAGACAACAUCAAGAUGAAAGUUGGAGCAUUCUAUUUCCGACACUUGUUUCUUGAGUCGUCUUGGUUUGAGGUCGAAAUGGAAGUAAUAUUGGUUCAGUUUUGGAGACUCAUUAGUCAUUUCUCAGGUCUUGGAUGAUUUUCGUCUCGACAAGCCUCCCUUCCUAGUUGGGUAUACUUAAAGAGGGCCCAGAAAGAAGGCCCAGUGGGUUGUAUUGGGCCAGAAGAAUCCUGAUGGCCCGUCCUUCUGCUGUAAGGCCAAUGACCGAAGUGAAUCAAUAAGAAAAUCUAGUUCGGUGAGUGUAGG